UUGUCUCACUUAUAUUUGGUUUAAAGUUAAUAAAAAUGAAAUUUCAAUUUGUUUCCUUUGUAAUGUUUGUUGUUGUUGCUGCUGCUGCUGCUUCACCUUAUACAAGUCCCAGCUUCAAUGUUCUUGACUAUGGUGCUGUUGGGAAUGGCAAAAAUGAUGAAACAAGGGCUUUUAUGGAUGCAUGGAAAGAUACAUGUAGUGAAGUUCAUGACAACCCAACACUUCUGAUACCUAAAGGAAAAACAUUCAUGUUGCAGCCGAUGUGGUUUCAAGGUCCUUGCAACUCUGCAACCAUUUAUAUAAAGAUUGAGGGAACUAUCAUAGCCCCAAACAACAUUAAGGCUUGGAAAUGGCCCAAUAACAUUGACAGACUCACAUGGAUCCGUUUCAUAGAGAUAAGUGGGCUUGUGGUUUAUGGUGGUGGACUCAUUGAUGGAAAAGGUGCUUCAUGGUGGGAUUGCUAUUCUAAUACCAAGUGUGAAAGUGAAAAUCCAACGGCUCUGCAUUUUCAUGCAUGUGAAAAUCUAAUUCUAAGGCAAUUGACUCACAUAAAUAGCCCAAGAAAUCAUAUAAGUUUGAAUGCAUGUCAUGGCUCACACAUCUCUGAACUACAUAUUAUUGCACCAAAUGAAAGCCCAAACACUGAUGGGAUUGACAUUGCAGAAUCAUCAAAUAUCAUCAUUGAGAAUUCAAAGAUUGAAACUGGUGAUGAUUGUAUUGCCAUUAAUCACGGUUCGAGUUCAAUUGACAUUGUUGGAAUUUUUUGUGGACCUGGCCAUGGAAUAAGUGUGGGGAGCCUAGGAAGAAAUGGAGCUCAAGAAUCGGUGGAAAAGAUAUAUGUGCGAAAUUGCACUUUCAAUGGGACAACAAAUGGAGCCAGAAUCAAGACAUGGAUAGGAGGACAAGGGUAUGCAAGAAAAGUCACAUUUGAGGAUAUAAUAGUAAUUGAAGCUAACAAUCCUGUGAUUAUUGAUCAAGAAUACAAUCCGUACGAUAGUGUAUAUGCAGUGAAAGUGAGUGAUGUUACUUUUCGCAACAUAAGAGGAACAUCAAUUUCUAAGCAUGCAAUUCAAUUACAUUGUGAUGAAGCCCUAAGUUGCACAAACAUUAUACUUGAAGGGAUUAAUAUAACAUCUUCAAUAGGAGAGGAAGUUCAUGCAUCAUGUAAAAAUGUAAAUGGGAUAUGCACUUCAUGUAUUCCAUAUGUUCCAUGUCUUUUUCAAGAGUGACCAAGUUUUUGUGGCAUUUGUGUCCUUGUUUGUCUUGUCUUGAGAUCCAAUGUAGGCCUCUACAUAGAUUCUCAUUUUCCUAGUAAUUUUAUUUUUAUUUUUUAUUUUAUUUCCAUAGUAAACUCACUAACUAGGACUAGAUGGUAUGGUCUAAGGAGAUUUUGAUAGACCUUAAAUUAUUUUAACUUAUUGUAAUUUCAAUUGUAUUAUAGUUGGGACGAGUUUAGGUAUCAAACAUUGUUUUUUAAUCA